AUGGAAUCUAGAUUAGGCUGGUUAGCUAGUUUGAACACUGACACCGGUUCUUCCUUGAGAAGAACCGCUAUUAUUGGUACCAUUGGUCCAAAAACCAACAACCCAGAAACUUUGGUUGAGUUGAGAAAAGCUGGUUUAAACAUAGUGAGAAUGAACUUCUCUCAUGGCUCUUACGAAUACCACCAAUCCGUCAUCGAUAACGCUAGAAAGUCUGAAGAACUGUAUCCAGGCAGACCAUUAGGUAUUGCUUUGGACACUAAGGGUCCAGAAAUUAGAACUGGUACUACUGUAGAUGAGGUAGACUACCCAAUCCCACCAAACCACGAGAUGAUAUUUACUACUGACGACAAGUACGCUAAGGCAUGUGACGAUAAAAUUAUGUACUUGGACUACAAGAAUAUCACAAAGGUGAUUGAGAAGGGUAAAAUUAUCUACGUUGAUGACGGUGUGUUGUCCUUUGAAGUUUUGGAAAUUCUUGACGAAAAAACUUUGAAGGUCAAGUCUAUGAACGCUGGUAAGAUCUGUUCUCACAAGGGUGUUAACUUGCCAGGUACUGAUGUCGACUUGCCAGCUUUGUCUGAGAAGGACAAGGCUGACUUGCGUUUUGGUGUAAAGAACGGUGUACACAUGGUGUUUGCUUCAUUUAUUAGAACCGCUGAGGACGUUCAUACCAUCAGAGAGGUUUUGGGUGAAGACGGUAAGGACAUUAAGAUUAUAUGUAAGAUUGAGAACCAACAAGGUGUUAACAACUUCGAUGAAAUUUUGGCAGUUACUGACGGUGUUAUGGUUGCUAGAGGUGACUUGGGUAUUGAAAUUCCAGCUCCACAAGUGUUUGCAGUUCAAAAGAAGUUGAUUGCUAAGUGUAACUUGGCCGGUAUUCCAGUUAUUUGUGCUACUCAAAUGUUGGAAUCCAUGACUUACAACCCAAGACCAACCAGAGCUGAGGUCUCUGAUGUUGGUAAUGCUGUUUUGGAUGGUGCUGACUGUGUCAUGUUGUCCGGUGAAACUGCUAAGGGUAACUACCCAAUCAAUGCUGUCAAGACUAUGGCUGAAACUGCUUUGAUUGCUGAACAAGCUAUCCCAUACAUCCCAACCUACGAUGACAUUAGAAACUUGACUCCAAAGCCAACCUCUACCUCUGAAACUAUUGCUGCUGCUUCUGUUGCUGCUACGUUCGAACAAAGAGCUAAGGCUAUUGUUGUUUUGUCCACUUCCGGUCACACUCCAAGAUUGGUUGCUAAGUACAAGCCAAAUGUUCCAAUCAUCAUGGUCACCAGAAACCCAAGAGCUGCCAGGUUCUGUCACUUGCAUAGAGGUGUCUUCCCAUUCGUGUACGAAAAGGCUUCUAACGGUGAAUGGACUGAAGAUGUUGAAGCUAGAUUGAACUUCGGUAUUGAACAAGCUAAGCAAAUGGGUAUUAUUUCUAAGGAUGACACCAUUGUCACCAUCCAAGGUUUCGCUUCUGGUGUUGGCCACUCCAACACUUUGAGAGUUUUGACCGUUUAA